GCUGCACACACGCCGAGCCCGGCAGCCCGGCCAUGGUGGGGAAAGUGAAGCGUCCGCGGCUGCACCAGGCGGCCCCGAGGCUGAGGGGCCCGCGGUAUCCGGGCAGCCAGGAUGGGGCGGGCGGGACCAGCGGUUGGAGGGCGGAGCCCGGAAAGGACUGGGCUUUUUUGUCCUCUGAUGUCUUUGCUGGGAUGAAGAUUGAUCCCAAAACUCUGGUGAAGAAGUUGGAUUUGGACUCCCGAAGCGUUGUCUCAGCCCAGACAGGUGUCGAAGAAAAAACACUUCUGCCAAAAAGAGAAAAAAUGAAGCUGAGAAAAGACAGGUGGCUGCAGAAAAUAGAAGGUGUGAAGCUGGCCAGACAGAAGCAAAAAGCCGAGGCAAAGCGGAAAGCAACACCGGUGGUGGGAGACAUGCAGCCUUUGAUGGAAGCCCUGCCUGAACUUUCUGAACUGACCACAACCAGCAAGGCCAGGAAGCAGCCCAAGAGCCACGGGAGAGCGAAGGCAGAACCCACCGACUUCAACCAAAUGAAGCCAGCCCAGAAGCGCAAGCUCCUGCAGGAGGAAGUGGCCAGGUUUCAUGAGGUCAUCGCAAACCCCGUGUACAAAGCCAAUCCCCUGGCAGCCAUCAGUGAGCAUCUGUGCAAGCGACUGAAAGAGGAGGCAGGAAACACUGUCUAACAAUUCAGCGAGGACUGGAUGAGCCUGGUGCAAACGAGUCCAGCUAGUCACCACCAAAGGCUCCUUGAAAACAGUCCAGCAGGUGAUGAAAUCCAGCGGUCCUGUUCUCUGUCAGCAGGACUAAUGUGAUGCGCUCUGGACAGUGGCCGCUGUUUCUUGGCCAGGAGCCCACAGAAGGCAGCGUGUGUUACGAGUAUCUGUGUGCCCAAGUCACACACGGUGAAAUCUGGACAGCUUCUCCCUCCCUGUUAAAAGGCACCUUUACGUUUUAUGUUGCGUCUACUCUCAAGGGGUGUUGAACCUGCUUUUUGCUGCUUCCCGUUGUGAUCAAUAAAGAGAUCCUCCAGUAACCUGCAGUGAUGAUCCAAACGGCACAUCACGGAAUACUGGAACUGCAGCGUGCCGACCAUUUGUGUAGAGAUUUAUAUAAAGGUCAGCGCCGCUGUUUAAAGAGACACUUAGUAUGUUAUUAACUUGGAAAUAAACCCACUUUGACAUUGGUCUCAC